GAGGAACCGCGUGCAAAAACUAUAUUAAACAAAUUGUUAAGUUAUAGCUUGUAUCUUAUUAAGCAGACAUGUUUAUUUCAACAAUAACUGUCCGACAAGUUACAUGUGUCUACCAAUUUAACAAAUAAAUAACAUUUCGGAUAUUAGUGCAAAAGUAGUGAUGUGAUUUACAAAUUAGAAACUAUAAAAAAAUAUCGAUAAAAAUGAUUGACAUUUAAGUAAAAAAAAAUUGCCGGAUAAUUCUAGAAAUUACUUAACACCAAUGUAGAUAAUAUUUAUUUUGUUUUUCAUAGUAAAAGUAUUUUUUUUCUUCUGCGGAAUUCAUAAGCAAUUUAACCAUAGGUUAGGUUGACACAUUGGUGUUAGGUGUUUGGGGUCCAAAAUCCAAUCGUCAAUGCAGAUUUGUGACAGCAACGUUACUGUAUCGUGGGACCCCGAGCUAGGUUGACGUAACCCUCAAGAUUUUGGACGGAAUUUUCGAAAAUACAGUAUGUGGAGUCUAGAGGAGCUGGCGGUGCGACUGUUUGACGCCGGAGCGGUGCGUCUGGGAGACAUCGAGGCCAAGAUAGGAAGGCGCACCCCCAUAUACUUCGACUUGAGGGUGGUCGUGUCACACCCACAGAUCAUGCUAUCAGUGGCGCAACAUCUACAAAAGUUAGCGAGAGAAAUAGAUCACGACUUGCUCUGCGGAGUUCCAUACGCCGCGCUCCCACUCGCAGCCGUCAUGUCAGUCCACACCAACACUCCCAUGAUCAUGAAGCGAAAGGAAACCAAGAUGUACGCCACCAAGAGGAUCUUAGAAGGAAUAUUCGAGAAAAACCAGAAAUGCUUAGUCGUAGAGGACGUAGUGACAUCUGGCGGCAGUCUAAUGGAAACAGUUGGCACGUUACGUUCCGAAGGCUUGGUCGUCACACACGCCGUCAUAGUUCUCGACAGAGACCAAGGUGGCGCUAGUGUACUAAAACAGAACGGAAUCCACGUAAAAUCAAUAUUCACUUUGACCGGCUUGUUGAAAAUAUUGAACGAAGCCGGCAAAAUAAAAGAUGAAACGGUUGAAAUAAUAUUAGACCAUAUUAAGGAAUGUCAAUUUAGCAAUUUGGAUUUUAUGAAAGACAAUUUGGAAAUUAUGUGAGGUUAGUAUUGAGAUAAGUAGGUAGUUAAUUAGACCUACUUAUCUUAAGUGUGCAGCAUUAUCAUAUGGUUCUACCGUUGUGUAUCAUAUUUAAGAAAAAGCGCAGCAAAAAAGCAAGACAAUUAUGUAUAGGCUACAAUGCCAACGAGAGUUAAAUCCUAGUUAAAUAAAAUUUACCUAAACUUAACCUCCUCAACACUAAAUUCAACAUUGUACCUACAAGUUUUAACAAUAAGUUCUGAAACUCAUUAUGCAUUAUAACUUGGUUGAUGAUUCAAUAUAUCAUCGUCAUCAAUGAAUGAUACCUACGUGAUUGUGGUUCAGAUAGUGUUAAUGUCGAGUGUAUUAAUAACACUUAACAUUUGGUUGCAAUAAUAAUGGCCACUGCACUUACGUGCAAUAUAUAGUAUAAACUUUAGAUUUAAUUCUUUACAUAAUUUAAGCACGUUUGAUACAGUUUUAGCUGCUAAAUCUUCUGAUUAGCAACUGAACCAAUAGAUAUAUAAACACUGCCUUAUAAAUACCUACUUCUAAUCUCUGUAUGAUUGUAUUAUUUUAUCUGUAGUUAUUGUUCUAGUGUUAAGUGUACUAGAUAUGGCAUAUUUAUGAAUGUAGUUUACCUAUAUUAUUGCAAAAUAUGUUAAAACAAUUAAAUUGGUUUAUACGUAGAA